UUGCCAUGAUAAAAUCAAAUCCAAGCCCUGGCUAUUUAUCUAUCUAUCUACGCACACUGCUGCUCCAAUCCAUCAUCACUAAAUCUGUUCAAGCCUCUGUGAUUCGUCCCUUCCCAUCUUCGCCAAGAUCUUCUUCGUGUUUCUCUGCAUUGCCAGUGGUCGGUUGCCCGUGCAAGAAGAUGCAGGAGGCCUCGUCGUCUUCUCUCCCGGCGCUGAGCAGCGCCUACCAGCCUCUCCCGUCGCUCUACCUCGGCUUCUUGGCGAUAUGGGCGGCGUCGGGGAUCUCCUGGGCCUUCAGCUCAUGGAGGAAUCGGCACUUCCAGGCGAAUAACCUUCAAUGGAUCCUGGCCUUGGUUCCCCUGAUCAAAGCUUUGCAAAUGGCACUCUCGUUUCUGUUCUGGUACUCGUGCGUACACCUUCACACAUGCUCGCUGUGGAUGUCGUUCGGCGUGUACGUGACGGGGAUCCUCUUCCAGACGGCCUCCUUCGUCUCCUUCAUGCUCAUCUCCCACGGUUACUGCAUCAUGUACGAGCGCCUCUCCAUCAGGGAGAGACGCACGACUGCGGGGCUCGGAUGCCUCCUCUACCUUAGCCUCAUAGGCUAUAAAGCCGCAGUCCCUUAUUUCACCGGUUUUCUUCUGAUGAACUACUUCGCGUCAUUCUACAUCAUAUUCCGCCGCACGUCGCAGUGCCUGCUGGUUCUGCGUGAGCAGCUUAAUUUCGUGGAGGAGGAAGACAUCCAUUCACUGCAUGGGACACUCAACACCAAGUACACAAUGUUCAAGAGAUUUCAGGGUACAAUGCAGGUGGCAGCAGUGGCAUUCAUCAUGGUGUACAUGAGGGCUGAUGAUACGCCGGAUAACUACUGGUUCCGCGUGUUGGUACGCGAAUGGGUGCAGUUCUGCAUCUUCAUGUACAUUGGGUGGAACUUCAGGAUCCCUGAAGCAUCACUCCACCUGCCGGUCAUGCCCCUGAUGAAAUCAAACUGGGAGAUUACCAUGCCACCCAUUUACAGCGUGGAAAUGGACGCAGCCGAUUUCAGAGGACUCGUCUCGGACCAAUGGCAUGUUGGAGUGAGGACUUCUCAUGCCGACGCAUGCUACUCUUCACAGCCGUUGCUGGUGCUAGUUCAGAAUCCUAGCCCGAAGGUCUCCCGUGCCGCCGUAGCUUCAGGUUUCAGUUGAAGGAGGACAAGCCAGGUUCAUUUGUGAGGACCGGGAGAUGCAGAAGAUGACAUCGACCAACUGCCUGAUCCGGAAACCGGUGAUAGGACGGUUGGGUUGCAACAGAGAAAUAUUGGGCGCCACGGCGCAGUAGCUCUCUGUUAGCACUAGGAAAGAAUCUGCAGUUUUUCUGUAGACUGACAAACAGAGAUGCGUUCGCUUCUUCAGCGGUGAAUCCACCUUUUUUGCAUCCCAAAGUAUAUUUCGUUCUUCUCCAAGUACAGCAGGAUUUUUCACAUGUGAAAGACACGAUCCAAAAUGAAUGGGUA